AUGUCCGCUGACCUGACGAGUGUCGGCAAGAAGCACAUGCCCAGCACAUUUCGUGCCUUGGAGAUCUGCUGGGACGAAUCUGCUGGGCAUGGUUUUUGUGCCAUGCUGUCUCAUGGAGCGCUUCAGCGGCGGAAUGCGGACUGCGGAAUGCCGUUGGAAUCGCAAGGGUUUGGUUUGGUUUGGGGGGAUGAAACCAUCGAAACCAUCGGCGGAAGCGGGGUGCAGGUGAUGUAUCAAGGCUGUUGCAACUCCUUCGUCCGUGAACGUUUGGCAGCCCGAGCGACGAGCGACGCGGUGCCCGUGUUCCUUUGGCUUUGGUGGCAGAUGGGGCCCUUGGCGCUGCUGAUCCUCCUAGGUUUGUGGCCGACCACGGCGCACAGCGCUUCCUCCGCCUCCGCGCCGGUCGAGGCCUUCGUGGCGUAUGAGGCCGCCAGCAGGCAACGCUGGGACCUCAUAGAGGCACGUGGGGCACCUGACCUGGCGCGUGCACAAGGCCUGCGGGCGCAGGCGUUGCAGUCACUACAGCAGAUCCACACCACCAGUCAGCGCUUGGCGCUGUGCCUCAGCCGAUGGCCACAGCUCCUGGCGUUGUUCAUCCUCUUGGCCUCGGCACGUUGGGCCGCUCUGCCCCCGGAGGUGCUGGUGGUGGUCUUCUUGCAGUGUCACUACCUGCAGAGGCAGUUGUCGGUGCUGCAGCACCUGAGGAACCAAAGCUUUUCGGCCUUCGAGAAGCUGGAGGCGCUCUUGCGACGAGAAGAGGUCCUUUCGAUCCAAGAGGCGCCGGAGCCGGCGCUUUUGAUCAACCUCCCCUUGGUCCUCUUAGCCUGGCGAGAAGCGCUGGAACUGCCACGGCGCGAAGUGAAAUGGGUGCUUUUGCGUGGCCUCUUCGGGUGCUCCAAGAACGCGCUGAGCAAUUGCGCUGUCCUGGCGGGUGCGCAGGUGGGUUCAGUGGGUGUGCACCGCCUCGAGCAUGGUGUGUGGGUAUUUGCUUGA